CUCGUGUAUUUCCUCGCGUAUAGUGGAUUUUCCGCGCCGUCGGAAAAAACGUUGCGUUUUUUUGAGUCAAGAGUAAAAUCAAACGGCAAGCUGUGGUUUGAGUGUCGCGGAUACUUAUCGCUUUCCAGUAGGCUGAUCCCAAUUGGGUGGAACUGACCUAGAAUACCAAGGAGUUAUAUUGAUAGAGGGCCAAGAUAUGUGAUAUAUUGUAGCCGAUACUCUUCUUGGCUUCCAGACUACGCAUUGAUAGCUUGCUCGUCCUUCUUAAAUGGAUUAAAAACUGUCUGCAUGGAAAGUGCAACAAUUGGAUACUGGAAACGGUACUCGAGCAGCGCCGUAGAUACUUAAGCAAAUAGCUGCGCUUAUCAGCAACUUGCACCAAGUUGUUGAUGGAAACGAAGUAGAUGCGGUUUUUAAACGCGGAUAAUUAGCGUACAGGGCUUGAAACGUAGGUCAGGAAUUGAUUAAACACUGAAUUCAGCCAUACAUUCUGCUGCACGGGGGUGAAGAAACCCUGCAGCGUAGGCGUCGCAAGCAGCACCAUUAGCGGGGGUCUCUGGCAAUGCGUUUCAUUUCGCGUGGAUAUAUCACCGAAAGAAAAUGAGUUCGUGACGUGGUGUCUUCAUUUUCUGAUUCUCAAAUAAAUUGCAGUAUCUUUAUCGGAUGCCAUCGGUUCAAAUAUAUAACAGUUUUUCCCUAGUUUCUCGUGCUCACUGCUCAUCACUAUUAUCUCUCCUCAUCCCAUCAAGGGGUGACAUACCUCUAGUGAAAAGUUAGAAAAAACUUCCCCCCCGGGGUAAGCGCUACAUAUAAUCGCGGUCGGUGGCAAUUAGGCGUGUGGGCAGAUUUUCUUGACCUGGGUCCCAUUGAAAAUCUUCGCGGUCCACAGUUGCGAUAAAAUCGCGAUAUUUAUGGAACUUUGGCAUGCAAAUGCGACGAUGUCGUGAUCUUGCUUCGUGUACAACAAGUGGGCGGAUAUAGAGUGGAUGCGAGUGGAGACCACUUGAACGCUCGAUCGCGACAGUCGUAAAGCAACAAAUAAAUAUUAAACAAAAAUUCUAUGAAAACAUUUCAUAUUCGCGCUGAAAUUUCAAAUAAUUUAGAUAUAAUUUACGCGUUUCCAUUAGAAUUCUGCGGAACCCAAUUGCGGAGAAAUGGAUACAAUUUGGUAGAGUGUAGUGUUUGCUGGAAUGAUUUCCCCGUGGAAAUGGUUUCCCAACUGCACCUGUACAAAGUGCCCGUGAAAAUGUCGCGGUAAUCGUGUUAGUUUUCGUGAAAACAUAAAAAUGUGCAUAUGAUCGAUAAAUGCAUUGGAACUACAUCUUUAAUCCUCUGAAUGUGUCUACGUAUCAUUUUUGCUUUCUAAUAAUACAAGUGAAAAGUUGAGUUCUUGAAACAGCAAAAGAAAAUCGGAUAAAAUGUGAUAAAGUGGUGGAAGCACCUGUUUUUAAUUUUCCGCAAGAAAAACAUACAAACUGCACUACCCGAUCUGAUUUCCUUCAGCUCGGGUAAAUAAAUAUCAGAUAAAUUAUAUCUUUCCCAACCUAUCCUGAUAUUAAUCAUUGGAAGUUAAUUCAUUUCCGAAUUUCCCGAGUUUCCGAAGGCGGUGGAGUGUUUUUGGCUGUAGUUUUUGUUUCGCAUGAAAAGUUGAUUUUGGCAAAUGUUGCGGAAUUUAGCGUCAAUGCCAGGAUAGCUGUACAGGCUCCACUGUUGAACUGGAUUCCGUUCAAUUAGUUCCUAGGCUGCUGCUACGGUGUUUUGAUAUUAUUUGAAGUGCGUGCCGGCUUAACGACAAAAAUCGAGCCGAUCGGCUUGCACGACCGCGAAUGUCACUUCUGGGGAAACCAUUGAACUAUAAUCGCGGCUCACGUCGUGAUGCCCGUUAUAGAAGGCUCCAGAGCCGCGUAUACAAUUUUUUAGAACGACCCCGAGGAGUACCUGCUAUUUUAUAUCACGUUAUGGUUUUUUUUAUGGUGUUCACAUGCUUGGCCUUAAGCGUCUUUUCCACAAUUGAAGAGUACGAAACUCAAGCUAUAGUUAUAUUAUUCAACAUGGAGAUAUUAGUCGUGAUAUGGUUUAUCGUAGAGUUCUUUUUAAGACUAUGGUCGUCGGGAUGCCGGUCGCGGUACCAAGGAGCUGUGGGACGGUUAAAAUUUUUAAAACGACCGUUCUGCAUAAUAGAUGUAGUAACAAUAGUAGCAUCCUUAGUAGUAUUAGGUAUGGGCACUUCUGGACAGGUGUUCGCAACCAGCGCAUUGCGUGGCCUUAGAUUUUUUCAAAUUUUAAGAAUGGUUCGAAUGGAUCGACGUGGCGGAACAUGGAAAUUAUUAGGCAGCGUAGUAUAUGCUCACAGACAAGAAUUGAUAACAACUAUGUACAUAGGUUUCCUUGGCCUUAUUUUUGCAUCGUUCCUCGUGUACCUCAUGGAGAAGGAUGUGAACGACAAAUUUAGUAAUUUUGCUCAAGCCUUGUGGUGGGGUGUGAUAACACUUUGUACGGUCGGCUAUGGAGACAUGGUGCCAGAAACAUGGCAAGGGAAAUUGAUAGCAUCAUUUUGUGCGCUUCUAGGAAUCUCUUUUUUCGCUUUACCAGCCGGAAUACUCGGUAGCGGCUUUGCCUUAAAGGUACAACAGCAACAACGACAAAAACAUAUGAUAAGACGUCGACAGCCCGCAGCCACCCUCAUUCAGUCACUGUGGCGCUGUUAUGCCGCCGACGAGCAUUCAGUUUCGGUAGCGACCUGGAAAAUUCAUCAGGUGCCUCUUCCUAGUCCGCCACCCUCUUCUGAAUACUGGGAUAGAUUGAUUAAGAAUUUAAGUGAAUAUAGUUCGAAAUUGGAACAACCCAGCGAGAAGUUGCCAUCAACUUCCAGCGCCAUGCGGGCAUCUUCUAGUUUCAAACACAACGCAUCCUUUGUCGCUCGAUUGCCAACGAUACGACGACAUAAAAGCCAAUCCUUACAUUCGCCCGGUAAUGCCAAGCCGCCCACAGGAUCGCAGAGACGAUGUCCCAGGACGAUGAGUGAGAUGAAUACGUCAGCCGAGAAUCUAGAAGUUUCAAAUAAUGGAAGACCAAUGAAUGCUAGUUUAAGUGAAGAUUCUGUUGCAGAGACGGCCAUCUCGAAAAAAAACUCGGAUGAUCCGUCACAGCCGGAUGAUAGCUCUCCAUCAGCAACACAACCCAAUAGUACAGAAAACCUAACUCAGGAUCAGAAUUCGAACAUGAAUCAAGAUCAAAGUCAGAGUUUAGAUACAUGUAUUAACCGGGAACCGAUCUCCUCGAAUCCAAAUCGAAGUUGCAGUAUUGACAUCAUACAACCACGCGGAUUUAACAUAGGUGGCAGCAAUGAAAAUGGUAACAAUUUGAACCCCGAUAGGAACGGCCCGUUGAGUAUCAGUGGAGCGACCGCUUUACCUGUUAUGUUGUGCGGCCUAUUGCAGAAGGAGCUGUUGACUAUGAAACAGCAACAAUCCAAUCUUUAUCAGAAAAAACAAUUUUUAGUUACACCGUCGGCCAGCUCCGACUGCUUUGGUCCAAGAGCCAGUACUGGUUAUGAAGACGAUGAGCCGCGUUGUGUUCAGCUAACGAAUCAACAUAAAACUGCGAUACGGUUCAUAAGAAAGAUGAAGUAUUUUGUAGCACGUCGUAAAUUUAAGGAAGCACUAAAACCUUAUGAUGUAAAAGAUGUUAUGGAACAAUAUGCAGCCGGUCAUGUUGAUUUAUUGGGCCGCGUAAAAAAUGUUCAAACUAGAUUAGAUCAAAUCUUGGGGAAGCAAGGAUCAAAGGCUAAGGAUGUCUAUGCAUCCAAAAUCAGCUUAGCAUCACGAGUAGUUAAAGUAGAAAGACAAGUAGCGGACAUAGAGGAGAAAUUAGAUAUUUUAAUUAAAGCAUAUAUGCAAGACCGUGAACGGUUUUUAGCUCUUCCAUUAGUUCCUGAAGUUCAACAACAUUCCAAUAGUAAUCCUAGCAAUAAUAAUAAUCAUCAAAAUCCUCCAGGCGGUAGUGGAGCAGCAAUGACAACGACGCAAUCAUCAACGAGCACUGCAUCACUAAAGGUAAACGAAAAUAAAUCUGGAUUUUUCUCCUGUCAUCCGCAGCCAAAACCAAUAUUGAUCGAUAAGCAAUUCUCGGAACCGAAUUCACCGAUAACGAAGACAUUCGAUCAGGCUGAACAGAAAAGACCUCCUAUGCAUCGUGGAUUUUCCGAUUUAGGGAAUCGUAUUAAAAAACGUGUUACUUUAAGUUCCAUGCCAACACAGUAUGUAGAAAAUAGUAGCGUUACAGAGAGAAUGCCGGGAACCGACGACGUUGUGAUAAUGGUCCCCGAAAUAGAUGGUGAUCCAUUAGAAUCAGUACUUUUAAGUGAUAUAGGUGAUCAUGCUGUUUGUAUUGAAACUGACGCAGAUUUAGAACCAAGUAGUCCUAAAACAAUAACCGAAAGUUCAAUUAUAGUCAUGGACGAAGAAGUCGAAGAUCUCGAAGAGGAAGAUCUUGACUGUGAAGGAGAAAUGGAUCCUGACUCACCGCCAUGGGAACUUUAUGGUGAAGGCGAUAAUGAUGUGGAUGGCGAUGGUGAUAUUGAUGAUUCCACAGAGGAUACGGCUCUGCUGCGAACAGCCGCCAGGACGGAAAUAAUUGUAACACCAAUAAGUCCUGUAAGUUCCGCACAUGACCUAGCUCGCUUAGAUAGCGAUGGGAAAAAUGGCAAUACUGAAGAUUCAAGUGCCAAAUCGAUGGACUUAUUACGACCUGAUUUAGCCUCACAUAGUCGCCUAUUACCGCAAUCCGGAGGAGGCAUCUGAGAUUGGAUCCUUUUUCAUCCCAUGUGGAUUGAUCUACGAAUACUACCGCAUCAAAAACAGGAGCAGCAGCCAGCGUAGUUGCUAAGAGGAACAACUUUAUACCAACAAAGCAUAUACUUCUUGACACAAAACGCAAACGGAAGAAAGAAUCGGAAGCAAAUCUUACAUCAAACUAGGUAACAUCUAAGUAGACAAUAGUUUGAUAAAAUACACGAAAAUAUUCUAAACUACAUCCAUCAUCAACGAUGAAUCGGCAACAGAUUGAAAACAAGGAGUUGAAUAACACUUGAGAACUCACCAAAAAAGACCAAUAGUUUCAAUCUUAGUUAUUACACCAGGAUUUUAACUAGCAUGAUAACUAUCAUUUUCUACUGUACACUGCUUAGCAGCUAAGCAAUCUUUUUCAGACACAACAACCCCUGAUUCAGUUUUAAAUCAAAUCAGAAAAAUUAUUCAAAAAUAUAAAAUCGAAUCAAAAUGUUUUGACAGAAUUAUAGCCCUGCGCUUUUCAAAAUAGAUUAGAAAGUUAGAUUUUAACUAUUUACAAUUGUUCUGAAGCAUGUCAAAGUCCAUGAAGAGUAUAUUCUGUAUCAUUUGAUAAAGUAACCCUUCCCUGAUUCAAAUAAUUAGUGUUAGAAACGCAACAAUAAAUAAAUUUUUAUCUUAUUUCGUAAUAUUUAAGUAAAUAGUGGUAAAUAUUAUUAAUUACUAGAGCAAAAUUCAAAAUGACAUUAAAUUAUUUAUCAUUGUUAUUUCUUAGUUGAAUUUAUCAAAUUGAAUUGUUAUGAUCAAUUUUGCAAUGAUGAACAAAUUGAACAAAUGAAUUAGAAAAUAUAUAGAAUAUAUAUAUAUAUGUAUAGGCAGAUUAAUGUAAAAUAAUGUAUAUAAUUAGUGAAUUGUAAGGAAAUCUAUUGUGAUUAUUAUUGUUACCAUGAUUCUGGUUUUAUUUUGUUUUAUUUUCUAAACAAAUAAUUCAAAAUCUGUGACAAUAAUUCUAAUUAACAUUAAAAUAUAACAUAAUAGCAAAUUCAAACA